AUGGUUGAAGUACCUAACUCAUCUAUUGCUUUACUUCAUCGUGUCAUUCAAUUGAUUAUUUGUGCUUAUACCGCCCUUUAUAUUGUCUGGUAUGAAAAAGGUUAUCAGGAAUUUCAAGAACCACGUGGAACAAGUGUUACUAAAGUGAAAGGUGUUUCGUCUGUUAAUGUCAAGGUUCCAUCCUUUUUAGCUGGCAAUUAUUCACGUGUUGUAUGGGAUACAACAGAAUAUGGUAUUCCUCCUCUGGUAGAAAACAAUGCAUUUUUUAUUGCAACUCAUCAAAUUGUUACUAACGAUCAAACCGAAGCAGCUUGUCCAAGUGCCUUGAAAUCUAAACUUUAUUGCGAUGCGAAUAGUACUAAAUGUAAAAUUGGUAAACCAACACCAAGUACAGCUGGUUUUUUUACGGGUAAUUGUGUACCAAGUCGAGAGAAUAAAACUCUCAAUGUUUGUGAAAUACGUGGUUGGUGUCCUGAAGAAAUGAGUGCUUCGGCAGAUUAUCAAAUAAGUAUCAACGAUUUAAAAGGCUUCACUAUUUUUAUUAAAACAUCAGUGACAUUUAAUAAAUUUAAUAUACAUCUGAGAAAUAUUCGAGACGAAACAAAUUUUUCAUGUCGUUAUCAUAAAAUUAAAGAUUCACGUUGUCCUAUUUUUCUUCUUGGUGAUAUUAUAGAUCAAUUUGAAACAAAUAUACCAGCUCUUAUCGAUGAAGGUGGUGUAAUCGAAAUCGAACAAAAAUGGACAUGUAAUUUUGAUUAUAAUAAAAAUUUAUGCUUUCCAGAUUAUACUUUUCGUCUAUUACAAAGUGGUGACGAAAAACAAUCACCCGGUAUUAAUUAUCGAAUGGCACAUAAAUAUCGUCUAAACGGUACUAAUUAUCGAAUUUUAUCGAAAGUUCAUGGCCUCCGAUUUGUUCUAUCGAUAACUGGUAAUGGUGGAAAAUUUAAUCCACUUCAAUUGUUUCUUGCGAUUGGAUCCGGUAUUGGAUAUACGGUUAUUGCAGGACUUGUAUGUGAUUUCAUUAUGAUGCAUGUGCACAAAUCUCGUGACAAAUAUCGUGCAGGCAAAGUUAGCUUGGUUAAUGAUAUUGUCCUUCAAUGA